UUAGUUUACAAUUAGCUGUAGUCCAAUCCUCUCAUAGUUCUCAACUACUAUAAAUAUAAAGAGAAAGAUAGUGUGUGGUUCCCUCCAUCCAUUACAAGUUUAACCCAUUUUGUACACAAAUUGCAAAAAAUGGCUACAAAAGUUUACAUCGUAUAUUAUUCAAUGUAUGGGCAUGUGGAGAAACUAGCAGAAGAGAUAAAGAAAGGGGCAGCAUCUGUUGAAGGAGUCGAAGCUAAAUUGUGGCAAGUACCUGAAACUCUGUCGGAAGAGGUGCUAGCGAAAAUGAGUGCACCUCCAAAGACUGAUGUGCCUAAUAUAACACCUCAAGAACUUGCUGAAGCUGAUGGUUUCGUUUUUGGAUUCCCUACAAGGUUCGGAAUGAUGGCUGCUCAGUUUAAAGCAUUCCUUGAUGCAACUGGAGGUCUAUGGAGAACACAACAACUAGCUGGCAAGCCAGCUGGCAUAUUCUAUAGCACUGGAUCCCAAGGCGGUGGGCAAGAAACAACACCGUUGACUGCUAUAACUCAGCUUGUCCACCAUGGGAUGAUCUUUGUACCUAUCGGAUACACAUUUGGUGCUGGCAUGUUUGAAAUGGAGCAAGUGAAAGGAGGAAGUCCGUAUGGCGCUGGAACAUUCGCCGGUGACGGCUCCAGACAGCCAUCUGAGCUUGAAUUGCAGCAGGCAUUUCACCAGGGUAAAUACAUGGCCGUCAUCGCCAAGAAACUCAAGGGUGCAGCCUAAUAUUUCCUGCAAAGAUAAUCCUCUCAUUCACACAAUUCUUCUUGAAUCUCAAAAACGAAUUACAUAAUUUAUAUCUGUAAUUGUUGAAGUCUGCUUUUUUAAUUGGGUAUGGAAUCUGUAUGUAUCUGAUUCACUGUAAUUGUGUGUGUCAAAAGUACCAAAUUAUGUUUAAUGGUUGCAAAUACAACACAACUUGGUAUAGUU